GUAUUUCCUACAGAUGUUUUUCAGAAAUCGGUGAUAUAUAUAUGCACUGUCCAACGAGGUAAAAGUAUUUGAACUGGGAAAAUCUUUAACUCAUGAUGUCUAGACAUUCAAGUCCGGCAGCGCCAAACCAAAGCGAUGAUAGUGAGUCGAGUGAUUCGGGUGUCGAAACGCUUUCGACGUCAACUAGGAGCAGCUUUCCUUCAGAUUAUAUGGACCUAGAUGAAUUUCUUUCUGUGCAAACUCAAAACUGUCAGGAGAGUACACCAGCGUCAUGUGAGGAUGCACAAAGUUUGUCUCUGGUAGCUAGCACUAGUACGAGACUUCCAGCUACCACCGUCACUGGUACUGUAGAGCAUGUUUCUCCUGCGGUCACAGAAUUCUCGAAAGUAACUGCUAGUGUAAACAAUGUAUUGUCAUCCGUGGACUUAUCCAAAAUUUCAUCACUCCCAUUGCAAGUGGACCCAUCUGUUUUUCAGUCCCUUCAAGCAAACACCUCUCAACCAGAGGGUACAAACGCGAUUGUACAAUGGUGCCAAAGUGUAGGAGGUACCAGGCAAGAUCACCAAGAGGCAAGUGGCCCCCAGCCUGGAAAAACUCCGGUUCGGCGACGUCGAAAUUCAAAAUACGUGUACAAUCCAUUGCCGAUCACGAAAAAGGCGGAACGGAAGUUUUACAACCAGUCACAAAAAGACGAAAAAUAUUGGGAACGUAGAAUAAAAAACAAUGUUGCUGCGAAAAGAUCUAGAGACUUGCGUAGACAGAAAGAAAUUGAAGUCACAGAAAAGUUUAAAAAUCUCGAGAGGGAGAACGCCCACCUUAAAGAGGAGGUGCGGAGAUUGCGAAUGAAGGCCGAUGAACUCGAAAAGAAACUUGCUUCUUUUCAGGGCUCAGACUAGGCUUAGAGAAGUAGAUACCGAGGGAAGGAAUGUGAGAAGUAUUUGACACUGUUGAGACAUCCGUAUGGGUGGUGUGUGUCACUGCCUCUCAACGAGCAGUGAAGGCUUCAUUGGAAGUCUGAACUUAGCAACUUGUAACUGAUGCGAGAAUAUUUAGGCAAUUGAAAGAGUUGCAUUCAGAAUUUUGCUUAAAGCAGAAAACCAGGGAGGCUUUUGUAGGAAUUAGUAAAGUUAGGAUCUAGCGACAAAUUGCAUGGGAACCAAAUGCUUUUGAUAUAAUCACAGAAUCAGUCUUCACCAACCUCAUGAUGUAGUUCUUCUUCAACUAAUGUCCCGAGUCAAACAAGGACAAAUUUUUUUCUUUAGAUUCCUAAAACCCACAUCUAAACAGUGUUACAGCCUUACUGCAUUGUUAAAAUUGUUACCAAGAAGGUAGAAUUUGUCCUCUGCUACUAGAUAAUGAAGGGAUCAAGAAGUUCAAAAUUCCAAUGUCAUCCCUCUGAACAAAACUGUUUGUUCUUUUAGCAAGCUUCUUCAAAAGCCCCUUGUACAUUAAGGAAAUUUUACACCACUAACAAAGACCUUUUAGCCUCCAAGACUUGGUGUGAUAAGUUGUGUUGAAAUAACCUCAACGUUAAGCAGUUAUUGUUAUUUUUGUUUGUAAAUAUGUCUGAAACAUACCUUUUUAGAUUGAGUGUGUAGUAGUACCUCUUAAUUUGUGUGAGUUUUAAGAAUUAAUAAAUAAUAUUUCAUCAUCUUACUG